UACUUCAUCAGUGUCAGUGGGAGAAAUAGUGCCCCAUCAUUGGUGUCAUGGGGGUUGGAAUAGUGCCCCAUCGUUGGUGUCAGUGGGGGGGGAGGAAUAGUGCCCCAUCGUUGGUGUCAGUGGGGGGUGGAAUAGUGCCCCAUCCUUGGUGUCAGUGGGGGGUGGAAUAGAGCCCCAUCGUUGGUGUCAGUGGGGGGGAGGAAUAGUGCCCCAUCGUUGGUGUCAGUGGGGGGUGGAAUAGUGCCCCAUCGUUGGUGUCAGUGGGGGGUGGAAUAG